AUGUACUACUUAUUGACUUCUUAUCUUCCAGUUGUUGACGUGGACUCCAGCAAGUAUGUAAACGGGUUUUUCUGUAACUUCGAAAAUGGUGGUUACCAGGGCUUAGCUGGUCUCAGGGGAAUUCUUGUUGCUUGUCGUCAAUGAACAUGAAGCUUUCCAGAUUUUGUGGCUGUGGAUGCCGUUUGUUGCUGUUUUGUUUGUCUGCUUUCGUAGUAUUUAUAGCAGUGACAUUUCAAGCUGAUGAUGCAUAUCAACCGAAUUCACCAUUCAAGGAAAUGCAAUUUCAAAGUAAUUUGGAAACCGAUGAAAAUGAAGAAUCCAGUAAAGAUAAACACGUAGAAAAGCCUAUCCUGAUAUGGUGGACCAAUGGCCUGUUUCCUCACCAUCCAGGCGAAGAACUUGUUUCCAUUGACUGUGAAGGUUACCCAUGCUUUUCAACAAAUCACCGGCGAUACCUUGCAGAUGAAAGAACACGUGGUAUAAUGUUUUACGGAAGUGAUAUUAGUCCUGAUAAGUUACCGUUGCCACGCAAAUCAACGCAUGAUUGGGCUUUAUUUCAUGAGGAAUCACCUAUGAACAAUUACAUCUUAUCAAAACAGCCUUUUAUAUCUCUAUUCAACCAUACAGCAACAUUCAGAAGUGAAUCAGAUUACCCUGUAACUACUCAAAACAUUUAUUCAUUGAAAUUUAUGACAAGGCGAAAACCUGUCCCUCUUCAUGUCAAAAAUUCUGAAAAGAUGAAAAGAAAUCUCGCUCCUGUGUUAUAUGUUCAGUCUCAUCCUGGAGUUCCAUCAGAUCGGGAUAGUUACGUAGAGGAAUUAAUGAAAUACAUACAUGUUGAUUCAUAUGGUACCUGUUUACACAAUAAAGAUCUACCUGAACAUUUAAGGGACCCUGCACAAAAUUUUGAAAAUUUUGAAUUUCUAGACUUCAUUUCUGUCUACAAAUUUCACCUGGCAUUUGAAAAUGCAGUUUGCAAAGACUACAUGACUGAAAAACUAAUGAGACCAUUACAUGUGGGUUCUAUACCAAUCUAUUAUGGGUCACCAUUCGCCCAAGAGUGGAUGCCAAAUAACUCCACAGCCAUCAUGGUGAGUGAUUUUAAAAGUCCAAAGGAAUUGGCAGAGUUCAUUGACUAUCUUGAUAAUAAUGAUGACGAAUAUGAAAAAUACAUGCAGUUUAAAAAACCAGGGGGUGUCACAAACCAAAAACUUCUAGAUCAUAUGGAAAAACGUCCAUGGGGAUCCCAUGAUCAAAACUUUCAUAUUUUCAAUGAGGACAAAAAGCCAGAUUAUUUUCAAGGAUUUGAGUGCCAUGUAUGUAAAAGUAUUCACAUGAGGAUGGAAAAUGAGAGGCUUCGACAGUUUGAUGCAUCAAUACCGCCACUCCCUGGAAAGGUAGCCAAUGAUUCACAUAUGGGAUGUCCAGAGCCAUUCUCAUCACUUGGAUUGCCGGAGGAAGAAUUGAAAGAAAGGUGGAUAAAUACUGACUGGAUCAGAGUGUAUCGCUCCCAAGAACUGAUGGCUUCUGCAGUUAGUGAUAUGAUGGAUGCUGAUGAAGCAAACUCAGAGAAUUUCAUUGAUUAUCUUAAUAAAUACAUGGAGAACAGGGAUGUAAGCUUAUAGCAAUUAGUGUAUGAUGUUGUUUAUCAGUUUGUUGGUCAGUUUCUUUAAUUAGAUUUGAUAUGACUUGAUCAAAAUUCUGAUAACAAACAUCAUACUGUAAUGAAAUAUGAAACAUUAAUUGUUAUUAGUGUAAAUUUAUCAGUAAAUAUCCUAUUUAUUUGGUGAUAAAACCUGUGCCUGAUAAAUCCAUCACUUUACUUUUUAUGGCUUACUUGAGAGAUUUUCAGCCUGAUAAUGGGCCCCAUUUCCAGUUGAAAUUUUUUCACACCUGAAAUUUCCCUCCUCAAUUCACCAAUAUUCUUUCCAAAAUGAAGCAAAAAGGUUCCAUCCCAAACCUGUCAAUAAAAACCCUGCUUUUGUUGACAGAGCUUAUGUGCUUGCCCUCUGGGUUUUGUUAAUUAAUUAGUAUGUAUACCAUGUAAAUAUAAUGAAAUGAACACAUGAACAUGUAUGUAAUAUACUUGAAGUAUUGUAACAUUUUUUAAAAAUCCAAAUGUAGUUUAACAUCAGAGAAGUAUUUAUCUCGUAAAACAUCUGUUUUAUAGGCUAUGCCUGUUUUUCUUAACCAAUAAGAAGAAAAAAACAAAACAAACAAAAAACAAACAAAAAAAAAAAAAAAAACACAUGUAGA